AAUAUGACUCCAUGGUGGAUACUAGGAUUGUUGAUCCUGUGGACAGUCUCAGUGGGCUCAAGGAAAAGCAACUAUGAAGUCCGCUUUGAGUCGAUAGAUGCUAUUGAAGGAAAUACAAAAACCCUUUUUAUAUACCAGCUACGAUUGCUCGGCAGGGAGCGCAAGAUAAAUGGAACUGUUACUAUGUUAGAAGACUUGGACGAAACGUAUGAAAUUCUAUUCGAAUCCCACGCAUUUAAGAAUGGAUUUUGGGUUAAAGGAAUUGUGAAUGUCAAAAGCAAACCAUGCGAAUUUUUCGAUCGCUACUACAUUUCCUAUUUCCGUGUAUUAUCGACCAAAUCGAAUUUACCCACUACCGGUGCUGAAAUGUGUCCUUUUCGAAAGGGUGAAUAUUUUGUGAAAGACGGCGUUGUUUCUACCGACGAUUGGCCACCCAUUGUCUUCAAAGGUCUUAACAGAUUCUCGGUUUUGUAUAUGAAAGAUGGCAAAAUUUGGGGGGGAAUUGAGCUUACUGUAAGUAUAGCAGAAGCCGAUGAAUAGUUUUAAACAGGUUUUAAAAAUG